UAUGUUCUCAUUCCCUCUAAAUAAAUCUCAAAUCUCCAUAAAUUCACCAACACCUCAAUAACAUAAAAAAACUAAUCAACCAAAACACACACACCCUUUUUCUCCAAAAACACAACAACAAAAAAACCUCAAAAUCUAAGAACUUUCAAACUUUGUUCCAAUGAGCAUGUUAGGCCUUAGAGACCUACUUCUCAUAGCUCCAACACCUUCUUCCAUUCAUCAUCAUCAACAACAACAAAAUCAAAACCAACCCAUCUCAACAGAUCAAAAUUCAAACCACCCUUUACCUUCACCAUCAUCACUAAGUGUUGGUUUUGGUAUUUUCCCACUCCUCACUACCACACCUUGCAUUCCACAAUCUCAAAACAAUGAAUCUCAAGAAAAUCCAAACAACAACAAUUUUUGGAAUCUUAGGAUGUAUCAAGAACCAAAAAAAGGUGUGAGUGUAAUCAAUGUUGAUGAUGAAAAAAUUAAUAAUAACAAGAUGGUUGUGAUGGAAAGUGAAGAAAAUGGUGUUUAUGGUUCUGAGUAUAGAGUGUGUGAAGAUUGUGGUAAUAGAGCUAAGAAAGAUUGUGUUUUUAGAAGAUGUAGAACUUGUUGUAAGGGACGUGGAUAUGAUUGUUGUACUCAUUUGAAGAGUACUUGGAUUCCUUCGACUCGUCGCCGAGAGCGCGAGAUCGAGGUGGUCGGUGGUGGUGGCGAUGGUGUUGCUAAGAGACUAAAAAGUUUAAUUGGGUCAUCACAAAAUGUUUCUGCAAAUUCUCAUAGUUCAAAUUCUAAUGCUACUACACCUAAGAGCUUUGCUACUAGCUCUUGUCACCAAGAUGCUGGUUUCAAAGAGACAUUACCAGGUCAUGUUCAAGCACCAGCUGUAUUUAAGUGUCACAGAGUGACUGCUAUUGGAAAUGGUGAAGAUGAAUUUGCUUACUUGGCAACAGUUCAUAUUAGUGGCCAUGUGUUUAAAGGGUUUCUCUAUGAUCAUGGUGUUGAUGGCAAAAACGCAAUGCAUUGUGUUUCAGAAUUGCAAUUGGGAAAUAAUUGUAGUGGAAAGAAUGGAGAAUGUUCUUCUGCAAUUGGUGUUCCAACCAAUAUUAAUACUUACCCUGCUUCUGCUACUUGAACAUUUUUCUAUCAGGUGAUGGAUAGAUCAGUUUCAUGAAUCACCAAAGGAAGGAAGUUUUAUUAUGCAGUUUUGUUGAGAAAAAUGACCAUAUAUGCUAUGGUAUUUAAUUGCGUAAAUUUUAUCCUCUAAAAAUGUUUAUAUGCAUACAUAAAGCUUAAUGACCCCAUUUUUUUUAUUUUAAUUUUUGCACUAGAUUUAGGGACAUUGAUGUUGCGAUUAUAUUUUAUAUUCAAUGCUUAACAUAAGUUAUUACUGUAGUAUCAUGUCAAUAUUAAUGAGACAUUUUAGGGUCUUUAUCACUAGAAAAGCUUUGAAAACUUCCAAGGAUAGAACUUAAGUAUGUUGAUUUAGUGACAUUGCAUUAAGUUCUUCGUAUACUGAUGUACAAGAUACUUUGAGGUGAUA